GUCUCGUUAUUGUUGUUUUAGCCUCUGAAAAUUGGAUAAAGGUUGUUUUCCCUCUAUAAUCUCUGCUACCAUUUUCACUACUUUUGCACUCUUCUCUCUAAACCCCAGAUUUUUUUUAUUUUUUUUUGUGUUGUUGAUGCACUUUUAUGAGCUGAAAUUUUUAAUGACUACCCUGAAGUCUUGUUAUUGUUGUUUCUGCCACUGAAAAUUGGUAAAAAUAUUGUUUUAUAGUGGAAGCAAGUGUUUGGGGUUUUGUUUUCUUGAAAAAAAUGGAGAGAAAACAAGGUUUCUUCUCAGCGUUAAAGGAUGAAGUAGUACGUGGGUUAUCACCAGUAAGGUCAAGGGCAAAAAGUCCAGCAAGAAGUGGGUCACCCAUUACAAGUUUCCUACGAAGAAAUAACAAUAACAAGAAGAAUAGCAGCAGUCAUUUUGGUGAAAAUAAUAAUGAGCAGUUGAUUUCAAGAUCAGGGAGUUUAAGACCGUUAGGAGAAACGUUAACGCCGUUAAUGGAAGGUCCGGAUCCGGAUGGUGGAGAUGUCGGGGAUUCGAAGCGGGUCGGAUCGGGUUUAGGACAUUGGGUGAAAGGACAGCUUUCUAGGACACCUUCGGUUGCAUCGAGUGCGUAUGCUAGGAGGUCUGAUCUGAGAUUAUUGCUUGGAGUAAUGGGUGCACCACUUGCCCCGGUGCACGUUAGCACCAGUGAUCCUUUGCCUCAUCUCAGCAUAAAAGACACUCCCAUCGAAACUUCAUCUGCUCAGUACAUAUUGCAGCAAUAUACUGCUGCAUCAGGUGGGCAAAAGCUUCAGGGCUCAAUUAAGAAUGCCUAUGCUAUGGGAAAAGUGAAGAUGUUAGCUUCCGAAUUUGAAACCCCGACAAAGGUCGUUAAGAGUAGGAAUUCUGCUAGAGGUGCUGAGUCUGGUGGAUUUGUACUCUGGCAAAUGAAUCCUGACAUGUGGUAUGUCGAGCUUGCGGUUGGUGGUAGCAAAGUCCACGCGGGCUGCAAUGGCAAGCUUGUAUGGAGACAUACACCUUGGCUUGGUGCGCAUACUGCAAAAGGGCCUGUUCGACCACUACGACGAGCCCUUCAGGGUCUUGAUCCAAGAUCUACUGCCAGUAUGUUUACCAACGCGAGAUGCAUUGGAGAGAAGAAGAUCAAUGGAGAGGAUUGUUUCAUUCUGAAGCUCUGCGCUGAUCCGCAUACGUUGAAGGCAAGAAGUGAAGGACCAGCGGAGAUCAUAAGGCAUGUCUUGUUUGGCUACUUCAGCCAGAAGACUGGUCUUCUUGUUCACAUGGAGGAUUCACAUCUCACCAGGAUCCAAUCUAACGGUGGAGAUGCAGUUUACUGGGAGACGACGAUCAACUCAUUCUUAGAUGAUUACCGCCCUGUUGAAGGUAUCAUGAUUGCCCAUUCCGGGCGAUCUGUAGUCACACUUUUCCGGUUUGGGGAGAUGGCGAUGAGUCAUACCAAAACCAGGAUGGAAGAAGCUUGGACAAUUGAAGAAGUUGCGUUUAAUGUUCCGGGAUUAUCAGUAGACUGCUUUAUCCCACCAGCUGAUCUAAGAUCUGGGUCGAUAAGCGAAGCAUGUGAGCUGCCUCAAGAUGAAAGGGGAAAGAGUGCAAUUUCACUUGCCAGUCACCGGGCUAAGGUUGCAGCGCUAGAGAAAACUCAUGAUAGCAGCAUGGAUAAUGUGGUCUGGAAGGUGGAAAUCUAACCUACUAGGAACAGACGCUGGUCAAUUGUUUAUACGGAAAGAGGGGGUCGCUGAUGGACUAACACAAUAGAAGUUAUUUUAGGAGCUAAUUAAUUGAGUUAUAAAUAGUUGAUUGUUGUCUACAUCUUUAUCUGUAAAUAGAGCAUAAUGAUUCUCAGGUUCUUCCCGAGCCUGGAUGAAUUUUUAUACUCUUGAAAACAGAAUCCAACUAAAGCGUUGGAGCUCAAUUUUCCUGGUGAAGAAUGGAGCAUUGGAGGUUAAUUUUUAGUUUACCUUCCAUAAGUCUAGGUCGGGAAAGAUCGAGUCAUUGACCUUUUUAGGUGAUAAUAGUCAUUUUUCUCAGCCUAUUGUAUACGGCUGUUGCCGUUAGAGUCACUGCUAGAUGGGGGGUUGACAGCAGUAUCUUUAGUUUUUCCAUUUUAUCACUUCCAUAUGACAUGUUCCUUUUCUUUUUUUUAGUUGAAGGAGUUGUUUGUUUGUGUGUCAGGAGAAUAGGAUUUCUCCGGAGCUUAGGUUGAAGUCAAAGUAGCAAGGAGGGAUAAGCAGAUGAAGAAAGUUGUAAAUUUGUUUGAUCUGCUGUUAACCAGAUUGGAUCUUGUUUGUUGGUUUCAGAUACUACUCUCAGUUUUUUGUUGGUUUGGUAAAUACAGCCAAUAAAAUAAAAACAGAAUCUUUGCCCA